GGCACGACUGAGAUUCCCUCAGGUGGAAGGGGGGUCACUGGAGGCAGAACACUGGGGUUAACACGUCCAUAGGAUUGAUCCGAGCUAGUGAGGACCUCAGAGAGCAGAUGAGGUUACUGAGGCCUCAGAGGGAAAUGACCUACCCAGGGUGCCGCAGGGAGGAAAUGUCAGUAAAGUCUUGCAGCCUGUUCUCUGGCUCUGUCCUUUACACUGGGUGGUGCUUUUCUUCAGGUGACACUGUUCCAUUUCCUGGCCUCUGUUUGAGUCUGUCCUCCAGUGCCUGUGCCAAGGUUGACCUUGAUUUUUCCUUUUGUCACUGGCUAGUUUGUCCCAAGAAGACUCCCAGGAGAAAAGGCCAAAGGAGAUGGGUUCCCUGGAGGCCCAGCUGGCUGGCCUGAGGCAGGAGCUGGCGGCCGUCAGCCAAAGACAAGCUGCAGUGGCCAAAGAAAUACACCUUUGGCGAGAAAAGAUGGUGGCCCUGUGCAGUGACGAAGUGCAUAAGAUCAUGCAGCAGGCCCUGAAACUCUACAGUGAAGAUCACAUUGAACUGGUGGAUUAUGCCCUGGAGUCCUCAGGGGCCAGCAUCCUCAGUAGCCAAAGCUUAGAGACCUAUGGCACCAGGAUGUCUGUUAUCAGUCUGUUUGGCAUAACCUUGUGGUACCAUUUCCAGAUCCAAAGAGCCAUCCACCAGCCAAAUGUCUACCCUGGCAAGUGCUGGGCAUUUCAGGGCUCCCAGGGCUCCACCUCAUUGCUGUCACCUUGGAGCAUGUGCCCAAAGCCCUGUACCUAAUCAGCAAACAUCACCAGCACUCCCAAAGGCUUUGUCAUCUUGGUGAGUACCUGGACCUUGCAGUUCUUUCUAAAACCGAGGAAAGCCCUUUCUUAACAGCAGCGUUUCGAGGUGAGGAAUGGAAGGAUCUGCCCAUCGUGCAGACGGGACAUCGAGUUUCUUCUCUUGACUCUUUGGGGCCAGCCCUUCUGCUCCUCCCCCUGUUCUUAGGAAGGAGCCAGGAAAAGACAAUGACAGCAGCAAGAACAGCCAAGAUUGUAAUUUGUCUUAGAGUUGGGAAGGGAAGGGGAUCACCUUUUCCUACACAGUCAUCUACUGAGAAGAGAGAUGGAACAUCUACGUAAGGUGGAAUUGGGAGAAAAGAUGGAGCUAGAAGAGGUCAAAUAUGCAAGGGAGAGAGGGAGGUAGUUCCCAGGUGCCUGGCCAGCACACCAACUUCAAGAAGAGUUCCCUCAGGUAAGAAGAGCCAGAGGGAGCCCAAGCCACCUUCUCCAUCACAACUGCCCAUGGCAACCAAGGGCUUCUGCCGCUGCCAUGUGUGCAUUUCUUUCCUGCCUCCAUUUUUGAGUGGAGACAUCACUCUUUUGCUUUCUUUUCCCACAAAGGUGAGAAUUUCCUGUCCUUAGCACUAUCUCUCCCCCUUCUACCAUAACCUGGGUUGCUGAUGCCUUCACUCUCUGAGAACAGGAACUAGGGAGGGUCAACAUGAGUCUCAGAGAAGGCCUGGAACACUGAGGCCUGAAGCUGGGCAUGGACAACCCCUCUCAGCCAUGUUUCUCUUUUAACUAGCCCCAGGGCCCAUGGUUCUUAGAGCGAGCCGCAUGGCCCAGCAACAGCGCAGGGAGCCUCUUGGGUGAAAUGCCUGUGAGUGACGAGACAGAUUUAGCUGACUCUUAGCUCCUCUCAUACCUCAUCAUGGUGGUUUAAUUUGGAAAGAGGCCCUCCUUGGCUCAGGGUACCUCUGGCUUUUUUGAAUCCUGAACCCAAAGUUAAAAACAAAACAAAACAAAAGAAAAACAAACAAUAACAACAACAAAAAACAAAAACAAAACUCUUCAUCUGUUUAAGGAAUAAGAACAGGAACAGAGGGCUCUGGGUAUCAUUUCUUUUCACCCCAGAAGUCUCCAGGAAAGUCUCAUUCAAAUCCUGUCCUUCCCCUCUCCCUAUCUUUUCCCCCCUUCUUCUUUUUCACUCUCUUAUCUUUGCUUCUCAUGCUUGGUAACCCCUAUGACGCUGAGGAGAAAAUCCAGAAGUGGGAAAUGCCUCUCACCAGCUGCUCACCUGGACAAAGUCACCUAUAACAUCUCUGAAUGCUCCUCAAGAUACUUCUCUGAGGAUGACUGUGCAGGUUGGCUCUUUCACCUGUUCCACUGCUGCUUCAGAAAUACCUGGUACCACCUGACCACAGCUGCCUCCCUGCAGGACCUCUUUGUCUUAAUCAGGAAGAUCUGACCACCCUCUGGGCAGAAGAACACUUAGAUUUUGAUCACAUACUAAAGAACAUUCCUAGGGCCUGCCAAGUAAUCCAGAAACUCAGAUGUUUCUGUAAGCAGGGACUAUGGAGGUGGGCAUCUUGGAGGAGGUUGUUUUUGGCUGAAUCAGCAUUCUCAAAAGGUUGAUGCUGCUCUCAGGAGCCUGGAACUAGGCUAUGAGGUUCUCCUUAGAUUCCUUACUUGUCUAGGAGCAUCUUAGAUUGACAGAGACUCUGCUCUCGCUGAGAGAUGGCCACUUGCUGAGAGAGCUAUCAGAGGACUCAGGGUCCCCUUGUUUGAAGGUUCUGUAUAGAGUUUACUGACCUCAAAGCAACCUAGACCCCUCCUGCCGCUCCUGACAGGCCCUUGCUGCCCGCUGGGCUCCUGAAUGACAGCAGUGAUGACUGGAACCUUACUUCCCCUAUCAUCUAUAGGAGGUUAUCCAAAGCUGCCCCAAGGCUCUCAAAGAGUACCCUAACAGGUUGCUAACACUUCACUCUUGGAAUCCAAAAGAAGCUCUCUCAGACAUGACUACGUAUGUCCAUCAUAGCAAGUAAGGUCUCAUCACAUUCAGGCAAGGUCUAACCGAACUGGUAGCUGGAGCAGGGAGGGGAGGAAUAGAAGCUUGAGGGGAUGAGUCCCCAGGUACCUAACCUGAAAUUCAAGGUGCCAGAGGAUAAAGGCAGGGCCCUUGAGCUGGGCUUACAUUAAGGGGGCCUCAAAGUUUGAAGGUGAGUACCCCACCUGGGCAGGUAUACAGAACACCCAAGUGGCCCCCACUGGGUCUUAUAGAAAAGACCAUGCUGGAGAUAGGGGCCCCAGGCUGGGGGCUUUGUGGUCAGGCCUGAAGGAUCAAAUGCCACUGUCCAGGUAAUGAAAUGACCAUCCUAAAAGUGGGGCUGGGCCCCUUUCAGAUUCCCAAGCUGCUUGGGAAAUCCUUCUCCACCAAAGCCUCCACCUUCCCUGGUCUCCUUCAAGACUCUGCUCCCAGCUCACCCAUGUUAGGAGGCCACCAAGGGCCCUACUGAACCCAGGGCCUCCUUCCUUUGCACUACACACAUACUGGACGUGCUUAGUUACUGGCAUUAGACUGGGAACUCCUGGAGCCAGAGACUAGGGUUUUGCCUUUCUUUGUAUCCCAGGGGCUGAGCACUGCAGUGAACAAGCCCUUAAUAAAUGCUUUUUAGCUCACUAUCUCACUGGAUCCUGGAAACAAUCUUGGGAGUGACAGCCCUACAGGUUAGCUACCUGAAGGGAGCAGGAUAGGAUGGUCAGAGGGGUGUGGGAUCGCAGAGUACAUUAGCCAGAAGUCAAAUCUACUUAUGUGAAGAUAAAGCCACAUCCCCAAGACAGGAUGGUGUAGGAUAUGUGAGCUGCAGUUCACCUGACAGGCUGGAGGACUUUAGUGGACUGCAAAUUCUAUAGGAGCCAAGUGCAAUAUGGCA